AUGGUCCAACUCAAGUUCCUCACUCUCGAUGUCUUCACGACAAAACCCUUCCAAGGCAAUCCGCUGGCCGUAGUCUUCCUCCCCACCGACCCGCAACACGCCCUCACCCAACGCCAGAAACAUCUCCUCACGAUCGAGUUCAACCUCUCCGAGACCAUCUUCGUCCACCCCGUCACCCAGCCCACUGCCUCCCACCGCACCAUCGACAUCUUCACAGUCGAAUGUGAAAUCCCCUUUGCAGGACACCCCACCAUCGGCGCUGCCAGUUGGUUCCUGCACCACAGCCCCGACUCCCCCGACCAUCCAGUCACAAGCCUGAUUACCAAAUCGGGCGAAAUCCCCAUCACUCUCCAAGACCCUCACAGCGGCAUCGUCGCGGCCAAAAUCGCACAUCACACCCGGAUCCAUUCGCAGCGGUUCCCUCUAGCAGAGUUAGUGGCGCUCCAUCCUACCGUGCAGCCGUACAUGAGCCAAACCACGGAGGAUUUCCCGCUCUUCUCGAUCGUCAAUGGGAUGAGUCAGGUCUUUGUAGAGUUGCCGUCGCUGGAGGCGCUGGCGGCCGUCACCCGUGCGACGAGCGCGGACUUGAUCUCCACGGAGCAAUAUCUAGAUGCUGGAUGGCACAACGGAAUGAUCUGUGUGUACUUUUACGUGCGGGGCGUGCAGGAUGAGAAGACUGGAGAGACGGUGAUUCGGACUCGGAUGAUGUUGAGUGGGAUUGAGGAUCCGGCGACGGGGAGUGCGGCGAGUGGAUUGGCGGCUUACCUGGCGUUGACGGGAGAAUCGUCCUCGGAACAGCGGGAGAUUCGGCAUCACUUUGUGCAGGGGGUGGAGAUGGGGAGACGAAGUGAUAUUGGGGUGAAUGUGAAGAUGGAGGGACAGGUGAUUCAGCAGGUGGAAUUGACGGGGACGGCGGUGCGAGUGUCGGAGGGGAUGAUUGCUGUUCCUGAGGAAUAA